GCCCCUGCCCGGUCGCGGUUUGUUGACGACAGCGGAAGCGGCCGGGUCUGUGUAAGGAGCCACGUGGGCUGCUCGUGGUGGGUAGAAAAUGUCUUUUAGAGGCAGAGGAGGUGGCAGAGGAGGCGGAGGUGGCUUCAGUCAUGGUGGCGGAGGUGGCUUCAAUCGUGGUGGCGGAGGUGGCUUCAAUCGAGGUGGACGAGGUGGCUUCAAUCGAGGUGGACGAGGUGGCUUUGGGCGUGGAGGGGGUGGACGUGGAGGCUUCAACAGAGGAUAUGACCAAGGACCUCCUGAAAGUGUAGUUAUAUUGGGAGAAUUCAUGCAUCCUUGUGAAGAUGACAUUGUUUGCAAAUGCACGACGGAAGAAAACAGAGUGCCUUAUUUCAAUGCACCAGUUUACUUGGAUAAUAAAGAGCAGAUUGGCAAAGUAGAUGAAAUAUUUGGACAGCUAAGAGACUUUUAUUUUUCAGUUAAACUGUCAGAGAACAUGAAGGCCUCUUCCUUUAAAAAAUUACAAAAGUUUUAUAUUGACCCAGCAAAGUUAUUGCCGUUGCAAAGGUUUUUGCCUAGGCCUCCAGGUGAGAAAGGUGCUUCAAGAGGAGGUGGUAGAGGAGGGCGUGGGAGAGGAGGAGGUAGAGGUGGAGGUGGCUUCAGAGGAGGAAGAGGUGGUGGAGGCUUCAGAGGAGGAAGAGGUGGAGGUGGUGGCCGUGGUUUCAGGGGUAGAGGACGUUAAAAAGUGGAGAUAUUGGCAUCUAACUGCUGAAUUUUCUGGUGGACCUGAAAAGUAAUAAAUUGUUUUUAAAGCAAUCAAAGUAACAAUGUAUCGCCAAUAUUAAUUGUUACAACUAAUGGAUGCUGAUCAACACAUGAAGAGGUUGUGUUCACCGAUGAAGAAUUGGAGGCAGCUCUUUAUUCUUCACUUGAAAUAUACUUGAACAUUUUUAAUUAUCAAAGCAGACUUUAAAUUGUAUGGUUUUAGAUUCUUCAUUUCUGACAGUCUAUUUUAAUUAAUGCUUGACUUCAUGUUGAAGUUGAAAGUAAAUGAUCCACUGAAGAAUUGUUUAAAAAAAAAAAAAGAAAAGCUGCAGACUCUCUAAGGGCACAGAUAUCAAUCUGUGUUACAUGUGACUGGUGUCUUGUUCUCCCUGUCUUUUCAUUGUUGCAUUUGUUGUGCUGUGUAUGUUGCACAUACCCUGCUUAGUUCUUUCUCUUGUUUCCUAUUUUGGAAUAUUUUCAGUGACUAACAAAGUCUAAAAACCAAAUAUUUUAAAAAAUAGAAAAUUUGUAUAAAAUGCACCAUGCCUGAAAAGGAGGAUAGUAAAGAAUGCUUAAUACACUUUCCUGAAUAAAUCUUCAUUAAAACUAAAAA